AAUAAGAUCCAUCAAUCACGGAAUGCAAUUAAACAUUAAAUGCACUUAUUUAAUCCUGUGUCCAACUAAUUCUAAGCAAUAUGUGAACCUCAUUGAAAGUACACACGUAAUCUUAUCUGCUUGAUGCCAGAUAAUUGUGCAAUUCAGACCCAAAUGUCAAAUGUUCUGUAUUGCAUUUACAUUUAAUAUCAUAAUAUUGUGAGUAAAGGUAGUACUAAAGUCCAUUCUGCAGUCAAGUCGUAGUGUUAGCACAUACCUAUUUCAAAUACUAGUGGUUGCAUUUAAGUUUUGAAAAUAUGUAUCGUUGGAUUUGGUAUGGAGUAUCGGUUUUUGGUCUUUUGAAGUUAAUCCGUGUUCUGUUGACCAAAUGGAGGGGAACGAUCGACAGGCAUAAUGAGAUCAAUGCAAAAGGUAAAAAUGUUAUUAUUACUGGAGCCACGAGCGGAAUCGGCCAAGCAGUCGUAAUGGAGAUGGCUGACCGUGACGCCAAUGUCAUUUUGGCCUGCAGAGAUAUAACUAAAGCUAAGGCCACGGUGACACACAUUAGGAACAGGACAUCACGGGGGCAGUUGAUUGUAAUGGAGCUCGACUUGGCGUCACUCGAAUCUGUGAGAAAGUUUGCAAGGGAAUUCAAGAAUAAAUACGAAAAACUGGACAUCUUAGUUAACAAUGCAGGCUUGAUGAUCUCUCCAGAUAAGCGGUUAAAAACCAAGGAUGGAUUCGAGAUGCAUUUUGGAGUAAAUCAUUUGGGCCACUUUUUACUAACAAAUUUAUUGUUAGACCCCCUAAAGAACGCUGCUCCGAGCAGAGUGGUAACUCUGAGUUCCAUGGCUCAUUCUUGGGGCGCGGUCAACAUAAACGAUCUCAUGUCUGAAAAAACGGCUCCUAAAGAUCAUUUCAUGGUCAGUGGCUUGUAUUCUAAUUCUAAGUUGGGAAACGCUUUGUUCAACAAAGAAUUAGGCAAACGACUGACCGGAACAGGCGUCCAUUCAUAUUCCCUUUGUCCAGGAAUGGUCUUUACAAACAUAGGAAAAAACUUGAAUGUCCCAUUCAUCCUACACUUGUUUCGUCCAUUGUUUUGGUACCUAUUGAGAUCUCCUACAGAGGGGGCUGCUACAGUGCUAUAUUGUGCUUUGAGCAAAAAUGUUGCCCACCAAACCGGACAAAUGUACUAUAAUUGCAAGUUUUGGGACCCAAGCACAAGAAUUGAAUUAACGGAUAAAGCUGCAUCUGAACUUUGGACUGCAAGCGCAAAAUUAGUUGGAAUGAAAUAAAUAAUAACUUCAAAUUAUUCUAGCAG